AUGAAGCCAUUUACUACAAUCUUGAGUCUCCUGGCAUUAGCCACCUCUAUCUCCGCACAGAACACAUGCACUGCAGAUGAUGUCCUCGUCUCACUGGAAAUCAAUAUCAAAUUUGGUGAUCAGAUGCAGACAGACGUCGAUACUACGAACAACAGUAUUGAUACUAGUGGACCGGUGUAUAAAAACUACAAGUCACUACUCAAUCAAUACGCACAUGAUGUACAGUGCACCAUCAAUGCGACUCAAGACCAGCAGACCCAGAUUUGUGGUGCUUAUAUUAACUUUUCCACGAGUCAACUCCGCUUCCUUCAUGUAGCCGAUGGUCUCCAAUUCUUCAUCACAAAUGACCAUGGAGACAACGAAAGCAAGAUGCAUGGUUAUAUUUUAACUUACCAAGCUGCUUUAGAGGGCUAUACUUCUCGGAUCAAGGCUGGAGUUCCUCUCUGUGCUAGCCAAAUUGAUGAUGCUUAUGCACCUCUAGCUAAGCAGCUUGCUAGUCUUAUACAGGAUUACCCAGCAUCAACAUCUACUUAG